AGGACGCGUGGCAGCAUGGACCCCACAGCAGAUUUCUUGUCUGAUCCACCUCUGUGGCAAAAUGAAAGCUUCUUGUUCAACGUGACGGAUGCUAACGCCACCUCUGUUCACACGAUCCGAAUGUCACCAGCGAUGAACAAAGCUAUCAAUGUGACUUUAAUAGUCUCCAUAAUCAUAACCAUGGUUUCAAUGGGAUGCACCAUCAAGAUAUCCCAGAUCAAGCUUCAUAUAGUGAAACCUAAAGGGGUGGUGACAGCCCUGCUGGCCCAGUAUGGCGUCAUGCCUCUGACGGCCUUUGGCUUGGCUAAGGCUUUCCAGCUGUCUAAAAUCACAGCCACGGUGAUCCUGAUCUGUGGCUGCUGUCCUGGAGGAAGCCUCUCCAACGUCCUCACCCUGCUUCUCCGGGGAGACAUGAACCUCAGCAUUUUGAUGACUUGCUGCUCCACCUUGCUGGCUCUGGGCAUGAUGCCUCUGCUGCUCUUCAUCUACUGUCAGGGCUUCCCUCACCUGCAGAACUCCGUGCCCUACGUCAAAAUCAUUGCAUCGCUUUUCAUGGUCAUCAUCCCAUGCAGUUUCGGCACGAUCAUCGGCCACUACAGGCCACAGUACACCAAGACCCUCAAAAAGGUUGGUGUCGCUACAAUGCUAACCGCCGUUUUGCUGAUCACCACCUUUGCCAGCAUUGGCGUUGGACACUCCAUCCUGGCGGUGCUGUCUCCUACCCUCAUGGCCAUCAGUGCUCUCAUGCCCCUCAUAGGCUACGCUUUCGGAUACUUCAUCCCUUUGCUCUUCAAACUCAACCAAGCGGAACGGAGGACCAUUGCUAUGGAAACGGGCUGCCAGAACAUCCAGGUGUGCACCGCGAUUUUGAAGUUGGCCUUUCCCAUUGAGAUUAUAGGCCCUCUGUUUCUCUUCCCCCUGGUCUACGGAGUCUUUGAGCUGAUUGAGGCAGCGGUGCUCAUCGUGCUCCUCAAGUGCUACCGAAAGUUCACAGAGAAAAGUAAGACUGAGUGGAGGAGGAGGACAAGGAGGUGUGGUCCUCGACGUACCAGCCAGCGAACAGUGCCGUCGGAACAGCCGCCGAGUAAACUUCAUGACGGACGGUGGAGUGACCAAGCCUCGUUGCUUGAGAAGAAGAGAAAGAAACCAAUCGUGGAAAGUGCUGUUGCAUGA